UGUAGCCGCCGCAGCGCGCCCGGGCUCCGUGUCGGCCUCGGCGGGGAGGCGCGGCCGCCGCCAUGCCGUUCCUGCACGGCUUCCGCAGGAUCAUCUUCGAGUACCAGCCGCUGGUGGAGGCGAUCCUCGGCGCCCUGGGCAUCCAGGACCCCGAGCGGCAGGAGCCCCCGGGCGGGCCCGGCUAUGUGGCCAGCGAGGAGGGCCGGCUGCGCGUCCUCACCGAGCUGCUGGAGCGGAAGACCCACUCCCCGUUCUACCAGGAGGGCGUGAGCAACGCGCUGCUCAAGAUGGCCGAGCUGGGGCUGACGCGGGCGGCCGACGUCCUCCUGCGGCACGGGGCCAACCUCAACUUCGAAGACCCGGUGACCUACUACACGGCCCUGCACAUCGCCGUGCUGCGGAACCAGCCCGACAUGGUGGAGCUGCUGGUGCGCCACGGGGCCAACAUCAAUCGCAGGGACCGGAUCCAUGAGAGCAGCCCCCUGGACCUGGCCAGCGAGGAGCCCGAGCGCCUGCCCUGCCUGCAGCGGCUCCUGGACCUUGGCGCAGACGUCAACGCAGCCGACAAGCACGGGAAGACGGCUCUGCUCCAUGCGCUGGCCAGCAGUGACGGCGUGCAGAUCCACAACACGGAGAACAUCCGGCUCUUACUGGAAGGAGGGGCGGACGUGACGGCCACCACCAAGGACGGGGACACGGUGUUCACUUGCAUCAUCUUCCUGCUGGAGGAGACCGUGUGCGGGGACGUCGAGGAGUCGCCCAUGAUCCGCCGCUUCUGCUUCCAAGUCACGCAGCUGCUGCUGGCCCACGGCGCCGACCCCAGCCGCUGCCCCGCCCACGAGUCCCUCACCUACGUCUGCCUCAAGAGCUUCAAGCUGCACUUCCCCCUGCUGCGCUUCCUGCUGGAGUCGGGGGCCGCCUACAACUGCUCCCUGCACGGCGCCUCCUGCUGGUCCGGCUUCCACAUCGUCUUCGAGCGGCUCUGCUCGCACCCAGACUGCCCCGAGGACAAGAGCCACGCGGACCUCCUGCGCAAGGCCGAGACCGUCCUGGACCUCAUGGUGACCAACUCCCGCAAGCUCCAGCUGCCCGAGAACUUCGACAUCCACCCGGAGGGCAGCCUGGCGGGCAAGGUGCAGGCCCUGCACGGCUCCCUGCGGCAGCUGGAGCGCUGCCCCCCGCCCCUCAGGCACCUGUGCCGCGUGUGCAUCCGGCUGCACCUGCAGCCGUGGCCCGUGGACGCCAAGGUGCAGGCCCUGCCCCUGCCGGACCGGCUGAAGUGGUACCUCCUCAGCGAGCACGGCGGCGCCGUCGAAGAGGACGUCUCGGCGUCCCCGGCUGCGGAGCGGGGCCCCGGCGGCUUCGGGCCACUUGGGACAGCCAUGGGGCGGGCACUCUGACCUGGUCCUUGCCCGCGGGGAGAGGCCGUGCCUUCCCUCUCCCCCGGCAGCAGCCACAGUAGAGAAAGGGUGGAGUGUCCACACCAGGGCACGGCGGGGGCAGGGGCGCCCCCAGCACCACGGGGACACAGUGACCUGCCCUGCGGGAAGGGCUCCGCCCUGCUCUCGCAGACCCCAUCUCUCAAGGCAGCGCGCUCCGUGAGCUGGGGAAAGGCGCCCUGGCCACUGUAGUCUCCGGCUGGUGCUGGGAGCUGGGCCAACCUUCGUGGCCUCAUCUCUGGGCCAAGGUACCCGGCUGUGCUCCCGCAGCAGCUCCACUGGUGCCAGACCUGGUUGGGGACCACGCCCUCUGCUAAGAAGUGCCCACAGGGAGAGGCUCCCCAAGGGGGCCUAAUGGAGCAGGUGGGUCCAUGAGUGGACGGCCCCGUCCCGAGCCAGGCUCCUGGAGGCCGCUUCUGAAUCACGUGGGCCACUGAAUUGUGUGAAUCCUUCGGGAGUGCUUUAUUUAUAUCAUAAGAUUAAACCAAGUCUCGGCCUCGAGGGUUCCUGGGUAGCAUUUCUGGCUCUCCCCAUGCAAGUUCAAGGUGAAAAAUCCCACAGCAGCCAGUGUGGAGCGAGGGGGUGCUGUGCGU